AAUUAACUUCAACAAGAAAAGUCAUGGACAACGUUGCCAUCAUCAACGCGGAAGAUUUCUCAACGUCAACACAACAGAAGAGUAAAAAUACCAGGGGUAUCCGUGAUCCCAUUUAUGUCAACGGUGAUCACCACAGCGACCAUGAAGAUAAUCAUGAACAUCACCAUCAUCAUGAUGAAGACGACGAAUAUAUCUACACAUUCUCGCUCAAGCAGAUGUAUAUUGAUGCAUUAAACCUUGACUGGUCGAAGGUCCUCUGGGACAUGGUGGUGGCUAUUGUUGUCCUUCAUUCUGGUGCUGUGUAUGGACUUUUUCUAACUAUCACGGGACAAAUUAAAGUGUUUAGUAUGAUUUUCACUGUAUUAAUGGCCAUAAUAUCUGGACUGGGAGUGACGAUGGGAGUUCACCGACUCUGGUCCCAUCGCUCCUACAAAGCCUCGUUGCCGGUGAGGCUUGCGCUCAUGGGCUUGAAUUGCGUCGCCUUCCAGCAAUCUAUUCUUAUUUGGUCUCAGGACCACAGGGUGCAUCACAAGUGGUCCGACACCGACAGGGACUUGACCAACUCCAGAAGAGGAUUUUUCUUUGCCCACAUGGGCUGGAAGAUGUAUAAGACUCACCCCGAAGUUAUAAAAGGCAGGAAGAUGGUCAAUAUUGAUGACCUUCUAAGUGAUCCGGUGGUCCUCUUCCAGCACAAAUACUUUCCGUGGAUUUCCGUACCACUAGCGUUCAUUUUACCAACAAUAAUUCCUUAUUAUUGCUGGAAUGAAGAUUUAUUGUUCUCGUUCGUAACGUGCGGGUUGCUGCGUCUAACGAUAACUCAUCACGUGACGAAUUGUAUCAAUUCCGUAGCCCACCUCUACGGAUACAAGCCCUACGAUAAGACGCUGCACGCUCACGACCACAACGUCUUGGGACCGUUGGCUCUUGGGGAAGGAUGGCACAAUUACCACCACGCGUUCCCAAGGGACUACCGCGCCAGUGAGAUGGACGGAUGGUGUUUCAACUUAACAACCAAGAUCAUCGAAACUUUGGCCAAGUUCGGCUUAACGUAUGACCUGGUAACGGUCUCGGACGACAUCAUCAACAAACGAGCAGCCCGCACCGGCAACCCCGACGAACGCAGACACCCGCGGCGGGAGGUAGCGGGGAGUGCGCAGCCGUCGCCCCAGUAGCAGCAGCUGAAGACUUUCCAAUCCCAGGAA